GAUGAUAAGACCGGGCAGAUUGGACGAUCUUUGUGCGGGACAAAAAAAGGACCAGACGUGUGGCAAGAGUCGACGUAUAAUCUCCUCUAUCUCCUCUAUUUUUCUAAAAGUGGAAAAAAUGGAGAAAAAUUUACAGCCACCGAUGCAUGGCUUCUGGAAGCUACUGCCGGACCCGGAUGUGUGCACGGCAUCCAACGCGGAACCCGCAGCACAUAUAACUGUUUGGCUUGCUUGGUUUCAAAUGCAAAACAGUAAUUCUUGACGAUUUUGCUGGCUCCGGUGCAACACACCACCAACAAGGUGGUGGCAAGGAAUGGACAAACGGCCGGAAAGCGACCCCACACAUAUCUUUCUUUCGUUGGAGGAGAUCUCUCUCCCUAAUAUGUAUAUCUUCUCCACGCCCCCCUCUCUCCUAAAUCCUGAUUAAAAAUCCGACCACCACCACUACCACCACUCUCUGCUCGCACGGCCAAGCUCAGGCGCAGAUCAGAUCACACAUGCCCCACCUCGCAGCGUCCCCCGCGGCCGCCUUCGCCGGUGCUGUCGCCGGCGGCGGCGGCGGCGGCCGCGCGGGGUUCCGGCCCCUCCCUCCCCGCGCGUCGACGCGGGCGCGGGCGUCGUCAGCCACGGCCGGAGGGGCCGCGCGGACGGCCACGGCGGACCAGCAGCAGAAGCAGCCGACGUUCUACGACCUGCUGGGGAUAUCGGCGGAGGGGAGCACCUUCGAGGACGUGCGGGCGGCGUACCGGCGGAUGGCGCGCAAGUACCACCCGGACGUGUCCCCGCCGGACGCCGCCAAGGAGCACACCCGCCGCUUCAUCCAGGUGCAGGAGGCCUACGAGACGCUCUCCGACCCCAGCCGCCGCACCACCUACGACCGCGCCCUCGCCCGCGGCGUCUGCCGCCUCGCCUUCUCCCCCGCCGCGCGACGCCACGACGCAUCCGCCUUCUACCACCAGGAGCAGGAAGAGAAGUCUGGAUGGAGGACGUCCUGGGAAGGCCAAAUAUCCGAGCUGAAGAAGCGGAGCACGGUGAAGGACGCAGAAGAGAACCUAUCCUGGGGAGCUCAGAUGCGAAGAAGAAGGGCCGAACAGUCGUGACAGUUGAUCCUCUGACACGCCAUACACACUAGCCGUCCGUAGCAUCUAAACUGUUUAUACCUUUGAGUAGCAAAGUUAGAAAGGCUAUGAUUAAGAAGCAUAUGGCUAGGACCGGAGUACAGCCAUGGCACUAGCUUACUGCUUGAGUCUUUGCCUGAUGCAUGUUAAACCAUACUACCAUACAUAGCUCACAGCAUACAUAGUUCUAGUAGGUGCCGUGCUGCAUGUUGAACCCUAUGUUGUUGCUCCUCCUUGAAUCUUGCCUGAUGAAAUGUAAAUAUAACGAGAUGAAAAUAAUCAAUGCUAGUCGUAUUUCGAACUGA